AUGUCGAAAGGCGUCCGAAACGAGGGUGACUACUUUGGAUGUCCUUAUGAAACAAGUGGAAUUGAUAUUGUGUUCGUUGAAAACAAUGGAAAGAAGUUCUUGGCGUCUAAAAUAAGUCAACGCAGAGGGAAAUCAAGAGAAAAGAAGAAGAAAGGGUAUCGAAAUUGUUGUUAUGUAUCUCUUGAAUUGAAUAGUAUUGACGAAAUGUUCCCUCUCAGCAUAGGACAGCAUAAGUCCAAACCCUGGUUAAGUUCCUAUGGUGUGCAAGAGAUUAGCUAG